CAAUAAAUAAACCGAUGUAGUCCAUGGUGAGCUGAAUUGAGUUGGAUGCUGUGUGAUUAUUUGUUAACCAACCUAUUUGAAACUUCUUAGAAUAAUUUUGUCCAACAUGUUCAGUAGCACAGAAGAAAAACAGUAUGGUUUAAUUUUACCUAAAAAACAGCAAUCUGUUGCUGCAAAAGUCAGUAAUAUAUUCGGGGAUAACAAUGACUCGGAUGAAGAAGACGGUACUGAUUGGGUAAAAAAAACACUUAAAGCAGAGGGAGAAAAAAAUAAAAUUAAAAAACAGACUAAAUUAAAUAUACAAAAAGCUUUAAAAGAAGACCCAACAAUAUUUCAAUACGACGAGGUAUAUGAUGACAUGGAAAGAGGAAAGGAUCAAUCAAAAGCAAUAAAAGAUGAAAAGAAAAAGCCAAGAUACAUUCAGAAUCUGUUAAAAGCUGCUGAACGAAGAAAAAAAGAGCAAGAAUAUAGAGUAGAAAGAAUGGUACAAAAGGAAAGAGAAGCAGAAGGAGCAAUGUUUGCAGACAAAGAAAGUUUUGUCACUUCUGCUUAUAGAGCAAAAUUGGAAGAAUUCAAAAAAAUGGAAGAAGAGGAAAAUGAAACGGACAGAUUAGAAGCUAUUGGUGAUGUCAAAAAACAGCAAGAUAUAUCAGGCUUCUAUAGACAUUUAUAUGAACAGACAGUUAAAUCUUCAGAAGAAUGCGAGGUCACGAACGAUGUAAAUAAUGAUAAAAUUAAUUUAGAUCACGACUGUACGAAUGUAAUUAUAACGGAAAAAGAUGAAAUUAAAAUUAAAGAAGUAAAGAAGAACAGACAGUAUAGACAAAGGAUAGUAGAAGAGGACAGUGAUACAGAUACUGAGACACGACAAAAAGAACUAGAUAAUAAAGCAAAAACUGUUUUAUCUGAAAAACGGAAGAUCGAUGAAAAGGAAGUUGAUUUGUCAGAAGCUAAUACUAAAAAGCAAAAACAACAAACUGAAGAUUCAGAAACCGAUAAAGUAAAUAAUCCCAUUGUUGUAGAAGAUAUUUCAAAUGUAAAGGAUGCUGAAAAAGAAGAAGAGAAAUGCGAGGAUAAUAGUAAAAUUAUUAAAGCAGAUAUAACUGUGAAAGCAAAAAUAGAGGCAGAAAAGAGAGAAAGAUCUAAAAUUUGGGAAAAGAGAACCAUUGGACCUGUUUUUGAAGCAGCAUUACAAAGAUACUAUGCAAGAAAGGCUACGAGAUUGUCGGCUGCAUAGUUAAUUAUAAUUAUUGAAGUUGCAUAUUUUAUUGUAAAAAUAUAAUUUACAAAACUAUAUUUAUAAAAUAGGAUAUAUCUAUUUAAUAUAAUAUUCACAAUACGAAAGUUAUGUAAACUCAUAAAUGCAAGAAAUUAUCUUUAUUAUAUACUUUUGUUAAUGUUUGUCAACAGCUAAAUGUAUAUUUUUCUUUUAUGCGAUACUGUGAAUAUUACAAUUAUAUUUUUUAAUUUAA